AUGGACCCGCGGGGACCAGCCCCCCAGCCCCUCCAGCGACCUGAGAAGCCUGGUCGUGUUCGCCGUCGGAAGACCCGGCGAGAGCGGAAUGAGGCCCUAGUGGGGAGUCGUCGAUCAGUGGCCCGUCAGGAUCCUCCUGGGACUAGUCAGGAUCUGCCUAGGGCCCUCUGGGACCCAGGGGCCUCUGCUGCCUCCAGGCUCGUAGUCAUCACCCAGGGCCGGCUGAGUCGGGAGCACCGGGGUCUCUUUAACCAUGAGGUGAAAUCCCUGGACGUGGCCCGGCUGCUUAGCAGUGGCUCCCUGGAACCAGGCACCCCCACACUCCCCAGCAAACCCUCUCCAAGCCCAGACAGGGCUCAGGAAACAACCCCAUUGUCACGGGGCAAGGAGAAUCAGGCACCUGGGGGCUCAGGCCCAGGCCCGCCCAGUUCCCCAAAUCUCCCAGGUGUGGGACAGCUACUGGAGGAGUUGCGGUGUCAGUUGAAUCUGCCUCCAGCCUUUCCCCGGCGAAACGUGGUGCAGGAGGCCAGGGAUAUCAUUGUGGGCACAUUGCAAGCAUGCCAUGGAAGUCUGCCUGACCUGACCCUGGUACUUCGGAGCGGCCAGCCACCCUCGCCAGGGACCAAGCCGGGGGCCAUGGAGAGCCGAAGGAUGACACCCUCCUGGAUCAACAGCCCGGAGCACCCCACAGCGGAGGAGGGGAGGCACCCGAGGAGACAGGGGACAAAGAAACUUACCUUUGCCAUGCCUCACACCUCCAGCACUCCCCCUGCACAGAGGGUGUCCCUGGCACCGCCCAAAGGUCCCUGGUCACAGCCCUUGACCUCCUUGCCUUCACCAUCGGGAGCAGCCUGGGGUCCCCCAACAGCAUUUGAUCUGCUGAAAAGCAUCUGGCUUGUCACCUCACCACCUGCUCCUCGCCCAUGGGGAAUCGGUCCACAGUCCUUGCCUCAGCCAUCAUCACCGUUGUUGCCCCGCACCUCUGCUCUGGACUGGAGCCCUAGCCCUCCGGCCCGGCUGCCCAGCCUCUCCUGGGUGGUGUCCCAGAGCAGCCCAGAGGCCUGGUCCUUUCCACCCAUGAGACUCUACUGA